CUCCGUUGCGCCUUUCCCGGCUGCGGAAAGCUAUUCACCCGCAAGGACCACCUGAUUCGCCACGCUGCUAACCACUCGCAGCCAAACUUUCACUGUGGCACGUGCGGGCGCUCUUUUCAGCGCCUGGACCUCCUCCAGCGUCACGAGAGGCGGCGGAUUUGCGACGAUGAGCGGUACCCAAAACGGAUACGCACCAGCGCCGCCCCGUCAAAGUCGCGGACAGCACCCUCCGGUCCUGUCGACCAUGCAUCGACCUCGAGCUCGGACUCGGCAGGGCCAUCGUCUUCUAUGCCACCUCCGAAUAGCCGGCCGUCGCCGAAUCCCAAUCAGGCUUCGACCUCGCCCUCCCUUCUCCACCCCCUUACCUCAGCCAGCGUGGCGCCAGCCGACAGCGGCACUCCAUUCCAACUGACGUCGGGGCCCAUAGUCAUGGAGCCGCAGCAGGCCGAUUUUGGCUUUGGCCUGUGGCCGCCCGACCCGUGGGAGGCGCUGCUGCAGAACACGAUGGCGCCGACAUUUUGGAACGAGCCCAGCGUCACCGAAACGACCUUCGACUUUGACUCGCUUCUCCAGCACAGUGCCACACGUCCGCAGGAGAGCGCGGAACGCCGUGGCGGAGGUGUUGGCGACGCUUUGCUGGAGCGCCUCAACAACAGUUAUCCAGACCUCGGCUUGACCGUCCCGGAUCUCACCGAGGCCCUCGAGCUCUACUGGAGCCGGGUGGCCCCGAGUUUUCCCAUCAUUCACCGUGGAACGUUUGACGUUGACACCGCUGCCACCGAACUCGUCAUAAUGAUGGCCGUUACCGGCGCUGUGCACUGGAACCACCCGCGGCGCGACGACGGCCAGCUCGUGCGAACCGUGCGCGCCGUCCUUCUCAAAGACCACUGCGGCCUCGAUAUGCAGCUCUCCACUCUUCAAGCGUACACUCUCUGUCACGUGUAUGAUACAUGGUACGGCGACACCGAGUCGCUUUUUGUUGCCCAGUGCAUGUGGCCGGUCGUGGUUUCUCACUCCCGCAAAGUCGGCAUCGGCGUCGCAGGCGCCUCCACACCCGAGGGUCAGGGCGCGGGCGCUUGGAUCGCCUGGGCCAAGGAGGAGGAGCGCCGCCGCGCGGCAUACGCUAUUUUAUUUAUCGACACACAGAUCAGCGCAUUUUGGUCUCAGCAUCCGAGCCGCCAGCUCUCCAUCUUUGCGCACAACAUUAAUCUCCCCUGUCCUGCAGCGCAGUGGGAAGCGCGAACGGCCGCGGACUGGAUGCUAGCGCGGCAGGUCGAGUCGUCAGGCAGCCGCACUCCGAGGCGUCAAGGGCGAGAUUUUGUCCCCGGUCUCCAUCCCCAAUUUCACGUGAACGUUAUCCACGAAGGGUACUCGAGCGCGGUGUUGUCGGCGCUGGCCGCGGAGAGCGCGCAGACAAAGGUGGAGAUGGACAACCCGUUUGCUGUCAGCCUGGUCUGUACCGGCCUCCUCGCGAUCGCAUGGGACUGCCGCACACGCGGCGGCAUGGGCCUGCGCUUUCGCGACGGCAGCAAGCACUGGCGCUCGAUCGUUCUCAACGCGGUAAUCAACUUGCGCGCUGAACACGAGAUGGCGACGGCCCACCUGCCUCCGAGUGUUGAGAACCGCGACUUGUGCGACAGCAUCGCCAUUGGCGUGAUCUCAAUCCUAAGCGAUAUCCCCAUGCUGCAGAUUGCGGCAGGCGCUACAAGCGUGUGCGGCGCCACAAUCGGUCCGAAGCAGUACGCGGACUCGAAGCGGCGCCUGAAAUUGUGGGUCCCGACCGGCGACGCCUGGACCUGUCUCUGGCAAAGCGCACGAUACCUGCGCCAUGCCCUCGUCUCCGAGUGGGCGAUGUACACGCCCUGGGCCGUCUUCCUUACGACACUGGUGGUGUGGGGAUAC